CUCUCACUGUCACUUUUGUAGGUUCAGUCUGUACUCCGGUCCCUGCAUGGCAGCGGGAUUGCUAGGGAGACGAGGGAAUCCCCGGGUGUCGCCUCACUCCUGAUCAAUUUGCAUCAGCGGUUCCAUGCUUGGUUGUCUGUCUCAGUCUGCCUGUUCCAUUCGCUGCGUCCACAAGCAUGGCUUGGAGUGAAGUGUAGCGCAACAUCAUCUCGGAUUGUCAACCGGUGUAAAAUAGGCUACGUAACCCAUGCUGAAACAACCAGUGUAUUUUACAGAAUAAAUUCAUCAGAAGAACCACGUAUAUUUUCAUUGAUGAGGCAACCACCAAGUGACUUCGAUAACAUGGCAUUGAGCGGGACGCUUUUGCCAUCCAUAUCCACAUUUGCAAGCGGCCCGACUGUCAAGAAUAAAUCCACGGGACAUGCGAAUUUGAGAUGGAAGGAGGAGCUGUCCCACCUGAAGAGGAGCGGCUGUUCUGACCAGGACAUCUCCACUGGAAUGGCCAAGAAAGAACCUGAAGAGCUGGAUCUAUUGGARUAUGACUURAUCCUGUCCAACACUAUGCUACAACAGCAGCAGCAGGCUGAGGCUAUGGCAACGAGCGGGUCCCAGAACCUGUCCCCUUCCCCGGGAUCCUACUCCUCCUACCAGCUCCCCUCUCCCCAGGACUCUGCUCACAGUGACAUGCUGUACACUAUCCCUGACAUCAACGAUGUGUCCCCCUCUGGGGGGUUCGUGGCGGAGCUGAUGAGACCUGAACUGGACACGGCGUACCUCCAUCCCACCAGCCUGCAUGGCAAGUUUGUGGUGAAGUCCACCAUGGAUAUGGCAGAGGUUGACCACAGCAUUAAUGUGAGUAGUAAAGCUGGUGUGGGCGCCGCCACGGACCCCUCCUCCUCGUUGCCCUUUAUUUGCCAUAGGAUAAAGCAGGAGAACCCCAGCACGUGRACCAUCACCCGGCCCAUGGACCUCCAACUAGGGGUGGUGAACUCACACUCCCAGCCCAGGGCUGGUCAGAGGCCCCGCCUCGACCCCCACGGCUUCCCCCCAGGGGGGCGCCCUAUGACUGCCAGCCGAUCAGCCUCAUCUCUGUCUCCGGACCACACACUGGCCAGGGACCACCACCCCUCCAGCCAGGUGUUAACCCACGCCCAAAUCCCGCUGCCCYGUCCGGGCUACCACCACACCUCUCCGACAGGCUACUCUCCCUUCCCACAGCAGCAUGGGUCUCUACAGUACCAAGAGCUCAUGUCCCCCGGUGGCGACAGUCUACCAGAGGAGCCCAAACCCAAACGCGGCCGGCGCUCAUGGCCUAGGAAGAGAAUUGCCACACACACGUGUGACUAUGCCGGCUGUGGYAAAACCUAUACCAAGAGCUCUCACCUCAAGGCACAUCACCGAACACACACAGGAGAGAAGCCUUAUCACUGUGACUGGGUGGGCUGCGGCUGGAAGUUUGCCCGUUCGGAUGAGCUCACACGGCACUACAGGAAACACACCGGGCAUCGCCCGUUCCAGUGUGCCAAGUGUGACAGGGCCUUCUCAAGGUCCGACCACCUGGCACUACACAUGAAGAGACACCUAUGAGACAGGGCCUUCUCAAGGUCCGACCACCCGGCACUACACAUGAAGAGACACCUAUGAGACAGGGCCUUCUCAAGGUCCGACCACCCGGCACUACACAUGAAGAGACACCUACGGA